AUGGUUAAUCGUCUAAAGAAACAACAAAAGUCGAAAGAAGCCUCUAAGAAAAUUGCGAAUGUGCCAGUAGUCCUCUUUAUAUCCUCUAAUGUUGAAGACAGGGGAAGAUCCCCAAUGAAGAAGUUGGAGACAUUUCAUUGCACUCUGGGCGAUCGCUUUGGGCGAGAUCGUGAGUUCUAUUCAACUACCAAAGAUGAGGAUGGUAUGACACCGCUUCAUUACGCAGCACGGUUAUUGCCAACGGGUUCCAUUUCAUGGGUGGAACAUGAGGAGGAGCGGCAGAAAUGGAACUUGCUUCUAAAAGGCUUUAAUCAGGAUGACCUGAACGUGCAGGAUGAAGAUGGUCGUACCCCACUCUCUCAUGCGGCAGAGGUUGGAAGCGCAUGGGUUGUGGAUAAGCUGAUCAAAACUGGAGCUGAUCUCUACCAAUGCGACCAAAACGGACGAUCGCCCUUAUCUUGGGCAGCGCAAUCCGGAGAAAGAGAAUCAAGCCAUUCCCAAGAGGUCGGACACCUUGCCUGGCGCAAGGUGUUCUCGAGUAUUAGCGUGUCGACGCGAGUGGCAGCCGACUAUAUCAGCACGUCCUUGUUAUCUACGCCUACUGCUUGUGGCCUCACUUUGCUGUCGCGUGCUGUCCAGCUUGAUAGAAUUCUGAUCGUCGCAAUACUCCUCACCAUCGAGGAUAUCGACAUAGGCGUGCCAGACGGGGAUGGUAAAACGCCACUCUGGAGAGCGAUAGAAGCCGGAAAUCGCGAAAUCACCGAGUUACUAUGGAAUUAUGAUGAUGUGACUUUGAGGCUACUAGCAACGAGUGCUCAAGCCCGAUCUGACCUGCUAGAAUGGGUUGCAAACAACAGGUAUCCAUUCACCAGACGGCAUGGUCCAGAUAACCAGACAGCGUUUCAUAUAAUGCUUGACAUCCCUAAUAUUGGCGUUAUGGAGCAUCACCUCAUACAAUUCAUAAUUGCCCAAGUACCCAAUUUGCCCACGGACACCGUUGAAGCCCCAACAUACGUGAGUUCAGAAUUUCGAGAGGGAUCCGACAGGCGUGGCUUAACCCCCCUCGCCUUGGCAAAAGAGAAACGACUGCUACCUAUCGUGAAGCUUUUUCUUCGAUGGCGUGCCGGAAUUGAUCGGUUGUGGGAAUUGCUUGAUUGUAUUCUGCGCUGGUGGUCAAAUGCUCUGACUUAAAUGGCUGCGGACAUCGCCGUAAUGGUCAUGGCCAUUGACGGUGAGAAUAUCACAUCUGGUCAGCUCAUUCAUGAUGUGUCUUUGUUGCUCAGACCAAGCUAAGCGGUAAUAAUAGGCUUACGCGAGCGAUUUGGUAUUGUUGUUGUUCGGAGGAAGAUUGAUUGUUCCUAUUUCCGUCGACAACCUAAUGGCUUUAUAUACAAAACGGAUAUCAGGUUGAUUGGAAACCAACCUGAUUGUAUCUGGAAUGCAUUCCUCAUACAAAGCCCUAUUAUUUACUUGAUCUAGCUUUGAAUUACUGUACAACAGAUCUUGCUCGGUUCAAGUUUGGGCUUUCGGUGCUCUCUGCAAGAAAUCGCGGGGAAAUUUCCAGCUGUCAGCUAUCUAGGAUAAGCUGAAUUCAGCAGAGUGAGACUUACCAUGCAGAUGUAAUUUUGCAG